AACAGUGCCACUGUAUCGCCGAUCUUAGUAAUUUACCGAGCUGAAAGAAGCAACGGAACCAAAACGGCCGUCAGUUGUUACCCAAAUGGCCCUCUCUGCCCCUGCCGUAUCAGUUCACAGCUUUUCGUCCUGACCGACGUGCUCCAUUUCCGCCGCCUUCUUAACACGCGGCGCUGAUUUCGUCCUGGUAAUAGUGGGUUGAAGAGUUGGAGCAAACCCACAAGUGAUUUAAGUUGGCCAUCGCUGGUUUCCGUCGCUUAUUUGAUAGUUGUUGCGGGGUAUGUCAAGUUUCCUUGUAUGGCUAUGGAGAGUUGCCAGCUAAAUUCUAAUUCUGGGUUCAAGUAUUCGAGGAUGCAGUAGAAAUCAAAGCAGUUAUUAGCUUAUCAAUGCAUUUUUGACCUGCUGCUUUGUGGGCUUUUGCUCAAUUUUCAGAACAAAGAACAACAACAAUGAGGACAAAAAGAGUAGCUCGUAAAAAAGGUUCUCUGAAUCGUCCUCGAUUGCAUCCUCGUGUUGAGUCUCAGACAUCUUUUAAGUUGCGAAAAGUUGACUCCACUGAGCAAAGGCUUGGCCCUACGGCUUCUGUAACUGAUGAGAAGGCAUCUGCCGUGAUUGAUGGUGCAAUGCUGAAGAGUUUGUCUGCACGGCGGCCUUGGAUACUACAUGACCUGGGUGAUGGUGAUCAUAUGCAAGAGGAGGCCAGCUCGAACCAAGAGGAUACGGAGCAUUCUUCAUACACUUGCCUCCCGAAAGGCAUUGCUAGAGGAUGUCCAGAUUGUAGGGAUUGCGUGAAGGUGAUGGCAAGGUGGCAGCCAGAAAAAGGGAAGAAACAUGUCCUGGAAGAAGCUCCUGUGUUCCACCCCAAUGAGGAGGAAUUUAAGGAAACACUAAAGUAUAUUACAAGUAUACGUUCAAGAGCAGAACCCUAUGGUAUCUGUCGCAUUGUUCCUCCUCCGUCGUGGCAUCCCCCUAGUCUUAUUACUGAAAAGAAUAUGUGGGAAGAUUCGAUAUUUGAAUCACAAGUUCAGCGGAUAGAUGGAAUGCAGGCCCAAAAUUUAGGCGAGAUUGUUAAGUGUUCUGACAUGGAAGGUGUAGGACUAGAACCUGGUCCAAAGUUUACUCUUAAAACUUUCAAGAAAUAUGCCGAUGAUUUUGCGUCUCAGUACUUCUGCAUAGAUGGCAUCUUGGAUUCAGAAGUGGAUUCCAAUGAGCGUGUCGAGCAGAGGGAACCAUCUCUGAUGGAUAUUGAGGGUGAGUAUGGAAGAAUUAUUGAUAAUCCUACUGAAGAGAUUGAGGUAUGUUGGGGUGACAUGUCUUUGGGCUUGGUUUGCUUAUCCCAUGUGAUUUGUGGUGAUAAUCUGGAUAGCCAGGUCUUUGGCAGUGGAUUUCCCGUCUAUAAAUCUUCAGAAACUUGUACCAGUCAGGAGUACUUGGACUCGGGCUGGAACUUAAACAAGACAGCUGUGCUUCCAGAUUCACUUCUAUCAUUUGAGAGCUAUAGUACUUCUGGGCUCUUACGGCCUCGACUUAGAGUAGGGAUGUGCUUCUCGUCUUUUCCUUGGAAACUUGCAAUGCACCAUAUGUAUUAUCUCUCCUACAUGCAUAUUGGUGCCCCCAAAAUCUGGUAUGCUAUCCCUGGUAGUCAUGGUUCGAAAUUUGAAAUUGCUAUCAAGGAUUACCUGCGAGAAUCGCCUGUGGAACAUUCAAAGAUGCAACACAAUAGGCAGCUAAUGAAAUUGACGCUAACGAGAUUGAAGUCAGAUGGAUUACCUGUCUAUCGAUGCAUUCAGUGUCCUGGAGAGUUUGUUCUUGUCCUGCCAAGAACACGUUAUUCGGGGUUUGACUCUGGCUUUAAUUGUGCUGAGAGUAUCCAUUUGGCUCCAGUCGAGUGGCUACCACAUGGGCAGAAUUCUGCUGAACUCUACAGUGAACAAGGAAGACGGACAUUUAUUUCCCAGGAUAAGAUGUUGAUUGGUGCCGCUAGAGAAGCUGUGAAGGCGCAAUGGUUAGACUUACUUUCGUUCAAAGAUAUCUCAGUUAAUGCAAGAUGGAAGGAGGCUGCUGGGAAGGAUGGGAUUUUAUUGAAAGCCCUCAAGUUACGUAUUGAGUUGGAGGCCAGCAGAAGGAAAUAUCUGUGCAAUUCUUCACAGUCAAAGAAGAUGGACAAGGACUUUGAUACGACAAGCAAAAAGGAAUGCAUAGUAUGUUAUUAUGAUCUUCACCUCUCUGCAGCUACAUGUCCCUGCUCUGCUGACAGAUACUCGUGCCUAAACCAUGCAAAGCAGCUCUGCUCUUGUCCUUGGGUUCAAAGGAUCUUUCUGUACCGUUAUGAGAUUGACGAGUUAAGAGUUCUUAUCGAAGCAGUGGGAGGCAAACUGAGUGCAAUUUACAAAUGGGCAAAGAAUGAUCUCAACCUUUCGCUGCUGUCCAUUGUCUCUGAUAAAAAUAGGUCACUAGGAAGGAGGCAGUUAGGUGAAGCAGAGUGCAGCAUUGGAGAAUCAGAUGGGAAAGGGAAAGGGAAGUUUUAUGAUCCAUCAGUACCCUAUGGAGGCUGGAAUAGUAGCGCCUCUGGGGUGAGGGAAGAACUGAAGGCACGAGUGCUCCAAUGGAAGUCCUUGAAAGAAAAGAAACUGAAGGACAAAAGCAGUGUGAAGCCGACGUCUCAUUUUACUUCUGCUGCUGCUGAUGCUGCUGCUUGUAACAUACAUAUGCCUGAAGUUUCUUCUGAUAGCACCAGUGAAUCAAGCUCAUCUUUGUAAAAAUAUUGUAGCAAAAUUUGCGUUUCUCACUAUCACUGGGAAGAUGUGACGAUGAUGCAUUUGCAGGUUUGGUCGGCCUUCCUUGCACAAACAACGUGAAUCUGGAAGUGCAGGAUGAACCGAGGAAAGAACCAUCCUUUUACAUAUCUGUCUCUCAAUGAAAUAGAAAUGGGAUAGUUAACUAUAUUACAGAAAUCGACGGUACAGUACAAGGAGUUUCAUUGUUUCGAUGUCAAUCGUGAAAGAAUGCAAAAGAAGAUCCCCUCUGCAAAAUCCCACCCAGCAGCUAUCUUGAGUGAUGACUACAAGGAAUGAUGAUAAUCAUCCUUCUGCAGAAGGAAAUACACUAAUGUUGACAUGGAACUACAUGUGGCUCCGCCUGGAAUAAUAGCUGUGGAGAUCAAAGACCUGCUGAAACUAGUCCAUGGAGGGUUAUGAUUCCAAUCAAAACAUUCUGAUCAUUGAUCACAGGCAAAAACUGUACAGGUGAUGGUGGUGAUUCCAUCUUCUUCAUUGCUUCCACUGCCAUUGCAUCUGGACCAAUUGUUCUUGGUGUCCUGUUGCACAUUUCCCCAACUGUAAGCUUGAAUAUGGCUUCCCCACUAGCCUUGAGAGUUCGCCGGAGAUCACCGUCAGUAAACGUCCCAAUAAGGCGAUAAUCAGGAUCAAUGACAAGAAGGCAACCGCAGCCUUUACUUGUCAGCUCAACCAGCUGAUCCAUAAUCAGAUCUCCCUCCCUGCACACCGGCAGCUCAUUUUGCUUCUUCAUAACAUCCUUCACCUUGAAAAUCAAGCUCUUGCCGAUUCUGCCAGCAGGAUGGUUAGUCGCGUACUCCUCCUUGGUCAAAUUCCUCGCUCCCAUAAGCGCGAUCGCCACCGUAUCCCCAAACACCAUCUGGAUCGCGGUGGAGGUUACCGGUGCCAAAUCAAAAGGGCAGAGCUCCCUCUCCAGCGGCAAAUGUACAUUCAUAUCGCAGACAGACGCCAGGGCGUUCCCUUCGACGGAAGUCACCGACACGAGGCGGGCACCUUUGGCCCUGGCGCAGGGGACCAGGCGGAGGAGCUCGUCGGUGUUACCAGACUUGCUGAAGAGGACGAGGACGUCGAGGGAGGAGAGGGCGCCGAUGUCGCCGUGGAGGGCGUCGACGGGGUGGAGGAAGGAGGCGCGGAUGCCGAGGGAGACGAGGGUCUGCGAGAUCUUGUUGGCGACGAAGCCGGACUUGCCGACGCCGGAGAAGAAGAUGGUGCCGGAGGAGUUGAGGAGGGUGUGGGCGAAGGAGAGCGCCUGCGAGAGAUCGAGGUGGCGGAAGAAGUAAUUGAGGUGGUUCUGCUGGGCUUUGAAGAGAUUCAGGAGGGUGGAUUCGUCGAUCUGCUGCUGGCGGUGUUUGGGAUCGGAAGGAAGAUCGAGAGAUGGCGGAAGAGAGCCCAUUGCCGGACUUCUUCCCCUGUAAUAAAAUCUCUCUUGGAUUCUGAUUUCGAGAAAUGCAAGGGAUUUUUGGGAGGAUUCUUUGCGGUGGUAUUAAAUGGCGGAAUAAGGGCGGGCUGUGAAAAUCCGGGACCGCCGGGAUCGGAGUCGUUUGUAUGGCUUUAAUCACGGUCGGCCUUCUGUCUAUUUUCGCGGUAAAUAUAAUGGCCGGAAAUUGGAGCGAUCGUUCACUGAACUGAUGGGAAUAGUGAUGCGCUGUGGAUUAUUUAUUUCUCUUCAUGUGAUGAUAGAAAGUUCCAACCGCGUUUCUCUCUGUCGGUCAUGAUAUACCAGCUGUCUCUUGGGCCUUUAUAUCCAAACUAGUUGAUUGGAUCAUGCCUCCGCUACUUGAUUGUAUAAUGAACUAUCACAGUAACCAGU